GGAGGAACAGUUCAGGGGUUCUCACUUGUAGACUUUAUGCCUGUGUACUGUGGAUGCCACCUGUCAUUAGUUAAAGCAAGCUUUUCGGAUAUUUGACAGACCACUCUCCGGGAUUUGGGAACAACAACAAAAAGGACUGAAAAAUGUCAAAAGAGAAAAAUGAAAAAAAGGACAAAUCCGAGAAAGCUUUGGCAGCAGAAAAGGAACAAUUUGUCAAACUUCAGCUGCAGAGCAUUUCAAAGUGCAUAACCCCCACUGAAGCUCCAAUAAAGGAGAGAUAUGGCCGCAAUAUCCUAUUAGGAACACAUUGGGAAAAUGGAGCCGUUGUUUUCUGGUCCCAUGCUGUAAGUUUGCCUCUGGCCAGCAAUGCCAUCCUCAGCUGGAAGUUCUGCCAUAUGGUUCAUAAACUCCUACGUGACGGCCAUCCUAAUACCCUGGGAGACAGCAAAGGAAAUGUCCCAAACAUUCGGCAAAUGGGAAAUUUAUGGGGGAGCCUCCAUGAUCGAUAUGGUCACAUUGUGGCUUUGUAUGCAAAGUUCCUGUGCAUCAAAAUUGAUUUUCAUUGCAAGCACAAAACAAUUCCGCCAAAUCUUGAAGCCCCUGACGAGGUCAUUGAGAGGGCUAUUGCGGUUGAUAUAAACGAAGUGUUUGAAACCACUGGUGAGGUGCUAGACUAUAUGGAUGCUGCGCUUGUGUUAGAAGAAACAGUUUUCAGACAACUUGAAUCGAACAAUACAAGCUCGACGACUACAGUGGGUCAGUGCCGCCUGGCUCCUCUGGUCCCGCUCAUCCAAGACUGCAGCCCUCUCUAUCACUUCCUCGUCAAGCUCCUGUUCAAGUUACACAGCAGAAUACCCAUGGAUGCUCUGUUGGGCCAUCGUGAGCGAUUUCGUAACCAGUUUACCAGCCUUUCUCAGUUUUUUAAGAAAGCCAGGAGCAUGGAGUUCUUUAAAGCCAUUAUACAGAUUCCUGAUUUUCCUGAUUCUCCCCCAAACUUCCUGCGUGCAGCUUCAAUGGCUGAUUAUGUCAAGCCAGUGGUGGUUCAUAAUCAGUUUCUAGAGGACGAUGAUGCAGAGACUCAGGUGGACGUUGCAGAAGGAUACUCAAUGUUCCAUUCUUUAAACCAGUACAACCCACUAAAUGAUAGACCUUUUCAAAGAGAGAAAGAUGAAGCAAUGAGUCCUGAAGUUGAGCUGUUUAAAGCAGAGGCUCAGCGUGCUGUCGUUCACCUGAAAGACCAAGUGAAUAAGUUGGAGGCGGAGCUGGAAGACCAACGCACUCACAAGCAGAUGGCCAUGGUGGAGAACGAGCAGCUGCGCAUGGAGGUGGAAGCAUUAAGGGCACAGACAGCGAUCGCGGCGAGUAUGCAGGCCUCCAUAGAUGACGGCCGAGUUCAAACUGCCCAGAUGCAUUUCACUCGACUUAAAGAAAAACACGCCGAGCUGGUCACCAGGCACGCUGAUCUCAUGAGAAAGAAUGCAGACAUGGUGAAGCAGCUGGCCAGCACUCAGCAAGCUCAGGAGGAGCUGGUCGUGGUCAAGCAGCAGAUUGCAGAAGAAUUUGAGCAGCUUAAACAGGAGAACAGUACCAAGCUUGAAGCACAAAAGGCAGAAAUCAUUCAGUUGAGACAAGAACUCCAGACUGGAAAAGCUGAAAUAAUAAAUGUCCAGAGUGCACUUCAGAGCAAAGAAAAGACAGGAGAUCAGCUAAGCAGUGUGUUGGUGGGACUUCAAGCUGAGAAGGAAACGUUGAUGCGUUCUCUGAAAGAGCAGGAGGCUGAGCUUGCUAACCUGCGCCAGAGCUCUCAGCUGAACCAGACGACGCUGCAGCAGGAGCGAGAGAAGACCCAGAGAGAGAUGAGCGUCCUGCAGAGCCAACUACAAGAAAAAGUGAGUCGAGAACAGGAGCAGCAAAUUGAGUUGGAGAAGCUAAAACGAGAGCUGGAGUUAAAAAGAGCAGAAGCACUGACAGUACAGAGCGCACUACAGAGCAAAGAGGCGGCAGGAGAUCAGCUGAGCAGUGUGUUGGUGGGGCUUCAGGCCGAGAGGGAAACACUGAUGCGUUCUCUGAAAGACCAGGAGGCCGAGCUUGCUAAACUACGCCAGGCUGCUCAGCUGCACCAGAUCACACUGCAGCAGGAGAGGGAUAAAUACCAGAGAGAGAUCGACUCCCUGAAAAGCCAACUACAGGAAAAACUGCAGCGGGAGCAGCAGCAGCAGCUGGAAAUCGCUCAGUUGAAACGAGAGUUAGAGGAGAGGAGGGCAGAAGCGGCGAGCGCUCAAAGUGCUCUUCACAGCAAGGAGACGGCAGGGCAUGAGAUGAGCAGUGUGUUGGUGGGGCUACAGGCUCAAAAGGAAACACUGAUGCGUUCUCUGAAAGAACAGGAGGCUGAGCUUGCUAAUCUUCGCCAGGCUGCUCAAACGGACCAGACCAUGAUGCAGCAGGAGCGAGAGAGGUCCCAGAGAGAGAUGAGCGCUCUGCAGAGCCAACUACAGGCCAAGUUGAGCCGGGAGUCGGAGCUCCAGCAGAAGCUUCAGGAGGAGCAGUUUUGCUUAUUGCAAUGCGCUGUGGUGGAGGCAGAGGGCAUUAUAUUAGACGCCCUGGCCAAAGUGGACGACCCCAUGCACGUGCGCUGUGUUUGCACUCCUGAGUAUUUAAUCAAUCGAGCAGAGACCACUCUGGUGUCCAUUGACAAGAUGCAGCUAAGUCAUGCUGGGUACCUAAAAAAUCUGGACGAUGCCAGUGGGCUGUUGAGAUCUGUGACUCAGUUUUCCCACCUUGCAGCAGACACUAUUGUUAACGGAGCUGCUGCGUCCCACUCUGCACCUACUGACCAGGCUGAUAGGCUGACGGAUAACUGCAGAGACUGUGCCACUCACUGUCUGCAGUUCCUUAAAGAGCUUAAGCUGAAGGCCACACUGCAGGGGGCUGACCCAAGUGCCAUCCGCUACACAGUCCAGCGCAUCCUCAACCAAGCCACUGAUUUACGACACAGUAACGCAGAUAUACAGAAAGCAGAAUUGGCAGACAUGGUGGAUAAAGAGAUGACUGCAACCUCCACUGCUAUUGAGGAUGCUGUUCUGAGGAUGGAUGAAAUAUUAAGCCAAGCAAGAAGAGAUACAUCAGGAUUAAAAUUGGAAGUUAACCAAAGCAUCCUCGGUUCCUGCUCUGAUCUGAUGAAAGCCAUACACAUGUUGGUCACAGCAGCCACAGAUUUACAGAAGGACAUUGUGGAAAGUGGUCGGGGAGCUGGUUCUGUGAAAGACUUCUAUGCCAAGAAUUCCUGCUGGACUGAGGGGCUUAUCUCUGCCUCCAAAGCUGUAGGAUGGGGAGCCACACAGAUGGUUGAUUCUGCUGACAAAGUCGUGACAGACCGAGGCAAAUAUGAGGAACUGAUCGUGUGCUCCCAUGAGAUUGCUGCCAGCACUGCCCAGCUCGUAGCUGCCUCUAAGGUAAAGACAGAUCGAAGUAAUAAGAAACUUAAUACGCUUCUGCAAGCCUCACGACAUGUAAAUGAUAUGGCUGCAGUCGUUGUGACUUCAACAAAAGCUGGACAGAUGCAAAUAGAAGAAAAGGAUCCCAUGGAUUUUUCAGACAUGUCCCUGAUCAAGCUGAAGACGGAGGAAAUGGAAUCUCAGGUGAAGGUGUUAGAGCUGGAGAAUCAGCUGUCAGUUGAGCGCCAGCGACUGGGCGAGCUAAGGAAAAAGCACUACGAGUUGGCUGGAGUUUCUCUUGAUCAGACUGCGGAGAGUGAUUUCGAUGGGUUUGUUGGUGUUCUACCUCCACCAGUGCCUGAGCCACCGCUGCCUGAACAACCCAAACUCGAGCCUUCUAAAAACCCACCAGCUAAAAAAUCUUCAAUUUUCCAUAAAUCUGGCAGCCUCCUUAGAAACAAGUUCAGAUGAAGCCUUUGUGAAGACUGUACAGUGGAGAAGUCAAUUUGACUUAAACGUUUUAACUUUUUUUUUUUUACUUUCAUUCAUUUAUUUAAUUUUGAUAAUGGCUUAAUUCUGUUUAGAAUUGCAAUCCAUCCGGAGCCUAGGACAGGAACACUGGAUGUGAGAUGGGAAUUCACACUAGAUGGGGAAGAAUUCAAUCACAAGACACCAUGCACACAUACUGACAUACUCACUCACUUUGUAAGAGAUACAUAAUUACAAAUUUGCCUACCAGAUUUUUUGGGGUGGGAACCAGUGAUCUCUGAGGUAAAUUCAUGUGGGAAACCUGUUUGUAUAAACCUUACUUAAUUACAGUAAUCUUGCUUUUUAAAGCAAGUAUAUUAUUUCCUGUUAUAACUAUUUUGUAAACAUAUUUAAUGAAAAAUCUGUGAUUAAUAUUAUUAAAGCUUAUACCAUUGUUAUGAGCACAACACCUCCCAUCUUCUUUAUUCUUGUACAUGUUUAAAUAAAAAAAGGAAU